GUCAUCUAUAAGAAGUUCAACAUUGCAUGCCCUCUGGAAGUGUUUGGCAACCACUCUGUGAACGCAGUCUUCCUGGAGGACACAUGCACUGCCAAAUACUUCACCAUCAAUCAAGAGACGGCGUAUACCAUCCCCAUCCUGGCAUUUGCUUUUGUUUGUCACCCUGAAGUGCUUCCCAUCUACACCGAACUGAGCAACCCAACCAACAGAAGAAUGCAGAAUAUUGGCAAUGUCUCCAUCCUGGGCAUGUUCACCAUGUACUUCUUCACAGCCAUAUUUGGAUACCUGACCUUCUUUGGGAACACUGAAGCAGAGCUGCUCCAUACCUACAGUAAGGUGGACCCCCGGGACACUCUGAUCCUGUGUGUCCGACUGGCCGUCCUGGUGGCUGUCACUCUGACCGUUCCUGUUGUCUUGUUUCCUGUAAGAACAUGUGUGGCCUUCACACUCACAUCCAUCUGACGUACUCUAUGACACUGACCUGAACUGACUGUCGCUCUGUC